AAUGUUCAGACCUGUAGCAGAGAUCAGGCUCUGGUCUUUAGGAGCAGGGCUGUGUUCCAAUAACCUGUAGAAAGGUUCCUAACAGAGACGUGACCCAGAAGGACUUGUGUGGCGUCUAUAAUAAGAGUGUUCCAAUACUCCAAAUAUUAAGGAAAGGCGCUUUAGUGCUUCCUUUAUUGCUCCUUUAGCAAAGAUACAGAGGACCAUCAUUAAUCCACAGUAAUGGACCAUAGCUGAAAACAGCAACAUAACAAAGUGGAGCAGAAAGCUUAACUAACUGCAUUUUCAUUCCAUGCAAUAACCUGCUGGUGUAAUUAAAGUUUUUAGCAUCAAAUGCACAGCUGAAGUCUGAACAUCACACUGGUGGAAUAAAAACUACUUCCUGUUUCGUUGUUGCUGCAUGAACGCAAAAUGUUGUAUGAUGUAAAUCAGGGGUGUCAGCCCUACUUAAUCCACGGUUACCAACCGGCCCACAGCAAAGCGCUCCCUGCAGACGUCAUUGUGACGUAGAGCCGAGCGCACCUGAGCAGCGUUUGUGCUGAGAGGCUGAGCGGAGGUUUAAAUGACAGCCGCGCAGCGCGUGCUUCGGUGCUCGUGACCCAGGGACAGCAGGCGCGUGGAGGCUCGUGGCCUUGUUGACGGUGCAGGUUUCAUUGGUUUCUGUUCGUCAGACGCAGUUUCUCACCCCCCACAGCCUUACACGCAGCUCUGCAUUUGCAGCCAUGUUUAAGACCAGUAGCAAAGACUUGUUUCUGCCUUCACCUGAGCUACUGGACAGCAUGCAGUCUGUGGAGGAAUCUGACGGUGACUGUGGUGGAAGCGCCGUAUCGUUGGCCGAAGCCCUGCUCCCUGUGACGGAGUCCUCACCACCUCCAAUCCCCUGGGUCUGCUCAACCCGCUACAAGACGGAGCUCUGCACCACUUACUCAGAUGAUGGUUUCUGCAAGUAUGCCGAGCGCUGCCAGUUUGCCCACGGCCUCCACGAACUCCACGUUCCCUCACACCAUCCAAAGUACAAGACCGAGUUGUGUCGCAGCUACCACACAGAUGGCUACUGCUACUAUGGCAACCGUUGCCUGUUUGUCCACAGUCCCACAGAGCAACGCCCCACCCUCCGUCGUCGCAGGAACGUCCCGUGCCGCACCUUCCGUGCCUUUGGGAUUUGUCCCUUUGGAACCCGCUGUAACUUCCUGCAUGUGGAGGGUAAAGAUGAAGACGGCCGUCACGAUUUGGCCAGUGUUGGUGAAAAGACCGCAUUUGUGCAAAAGCCCAAUGGGUGGAAACCUCGAGGGGCUCUGUGCCGCACCUUCAGCACCUUUGGUUUCUGCCUGUACGGAACCCGCUGUCACUUCCAGCACGGCCUCCCUAACAGGAUAAAAACCUCCAGUCAACACAAUGGGUUGCUGUCCACAUGCGCGUCACGUUUGCCUUCUGCAUCAGAUUCUUCAGCCUCAUCAUCUCCUCCACCCACCACCCCAGAAGCACUAGCACACAAUGCUUUCACCUUCUCCAGUCAGCACUUAAAUGAUCUGCUCCUGCCACUGGCCCUCCACCUGCAGAAGCUGGAGAGCACGAAGGCCCAGGAUAUCUGGGCCAACAGGAUGCUCUAAACUGCUGCUGAACACUUUCUUUUUUUCUUUUUUUAAUAUGUAAUUCCCCCCACUUUACCCCAAGGGUUUUUUUUUUGUAUAUAUGUUCCAAUUGACUUGAGCUUGUUUCAGAAGGCCCAAGCAGGCCUUGGCAAACAUGACUAUUCAGUCAUGGAUCAGUCUGGAGUAGCUCUGGAAAGAGAAUCUUACAGGUGCAGCUAUAUGUGUAAUAUUUUUAAUUGUACAUGGCUAUAUGUCUGCCCAAAGCACUGUAAAUAAACCAUGUUGCUUUUUUUACUAACUGCUGUGU